AGUCGUGUCUAUUUAUCUAGAUCUACUCUCCUGUCUCUCCUUUAUUCGAGUCGUGUCGUGUGUAGUGGUUAUUUUUUCUGUCUGUGUUCAGCGUUCAGCCGUCACGUCAAAAAUUUGUCGGUGAUGAUCCCUUGCGCUUAGUAUUAUUUUAUUUUAUUACUGUUUUACUUUUAUUUUAUUAUUUCCUGUAAUUAGUUUUCUGUUCCCACCUAAAAAACCUUGUCUUUAUAAUAAACCAAGAGUACGGGUAUAUCUCAUUUAUAAUUAUAUCACAAUAUUUAACAGUUUAUUUUUGGGGUGUCUUGUAGGUAGUUGUAAUUCAUAAUUACUCCAAUUUGCGACUUAUUAUACUGCUUAUAGCUAUGUCUGUUCUACAAUACUGAAGCUAUACAGCUCAUGUUUCUAGUAUCAGCUGACGAACAACGUUCAGCUAGUAAAAAUGGAAUCAACAAAGAAAAAAGGUCGUCCUGCACACCCCAGGGCACAAGCGAAUCCACUAUCAGCUAUCACAUUUGGAUGGACUUUACCUAUUUUUUGGAGGGGCCUGAAACAGGAAAUGGAAGAGGAACAGCUAUAUGAACCCUUAAAAGAACAUGCGUCAGGUCCCCUUGGCGACAAAUUUGCUCGCCUUUGGGAUGAGGAGGUGGCUCGCGCCGGCACCAAGCGCACGCCGAGCCUCCUCCGAGUCAUACUGAGAGCAUACGCCGUGAGGUGUAUGAUGUACGGUUUGGUGCUGCUUUUCAUGGAAUGUGGUAUACGGCUCGCGCAGCCGGUGUUCCUCGGCAAGCUGGUGGACUUCUAUUCGGUGAGGACGGACCAGCCCGUGUCGCUCGACGAGGCGUACUGGUACGCGGGGGCCGUGGUGCUGUGCUCCGCGCUCAACGUGCUCGUCGUGCACUCCUACAUGAUGGCCAUAUUGCAUAUGGGCAUGAAGUUCCGGGUCGCCUGCUGCUCUCUCAUAUAUCGAAAGUCGCUCAGACUGUCAAAGACGGCACUCGGCGAAACGACGGUCGGCCAGGUGGUGAAUCUGCUCUCGAACGACGUGAACCGCUUCGACGUGGCCGUGAUAUUCCUGCACUACCUGUGGAUAGGGCCGCUGGCUACCGUCAUCAUCACCUACCUUAUGUGGCAGGAGAUCAGCUGGGCGGCGGUCGUCGGAGUCGGGUUCAUGUUGGCGUUUAUACCUCUGCAAGCAUGGUUGGGCCAGAGGACGUCGGUGCUUCGGCUCAAAACGGCCCUUCGCACGGACGAGCGCGUGCGGCUCAUGAACGAGAUCCUCUCCGGCAUCCAGGUCAUCAAGAUGUACACCUGGGAAAAGCCGUUCGCGGACCUCGUCGCUAAGGCCAGGAAGAAGGAGAUAAAACAGAUCCGCGCCACUUCGUACAUCCGCGGCGUGCUGACCUCGUUCACGAUGUUCACCACCCGCAUCUGCCUGUUCUGCUCGAUCCUGGCCUUCGUGCUGGAGAACAACGUCAUCUCCGCCAAGCAGGUGUUCGUCGUCAGCAGCUUCUACAACAUCCUGCGGCAGACCAUGACCGUGUUCUUUCCGCAAGGCAUCGCUCAAGUAGCAGAAGCAAUUGUGUCAAUUAGAAGACUUCAAAGUUUUAUGCUCUACGAGGACACGAGCAAACCAGUCCCUACUCUGAGUGAUAUACAAACUUCAACAAAACCUAAAAAAGUGCUGGAUGAGCCAAAGGAAACACCAACCACCCCGGCUAAAUCUACGUUAGAUACGCCACAAGUCAAACCCUCCGACGAGUCGAGCGCUUCCAAAGAAACAAAAAAGCCAGAUGAAGCGAAAGGCAACGGGCGGUCGACGGCCCCGCUGGAGUCGGGCGAGGAGGAGGACUCGGAGCUGGAGCGGUCGCAGGGCGCGGGCGUGCGGCUGCAGCACGCCACGGCCAAGUGGGUCGCCGCGCACCACGAGAACACGCUCACCGACCUCAGCCUCACCAUCAAGCCCGGCAAACUGAUCGCGGUGAUCGGGCCGGUGGGCGCGGGCAAGUCGUCGCUGCUGCACGUGCUGCUGCGCGAGCUGCCGCUCGUGUCCGGCUCCGUGCACGUCGGCGGCUCGGUGUCCUACGCGGGCCAGGAGCCCUGGCUCUUCGCUGGCAGCGUAAGACAGAACAUCCUGUUCGGGCAGCCGAUGGACCGGCCGCGGUACAACACGGUGGUGCGGCGCUGCGCGCUCGACCGCGACUUCUCGCUGCUGCCGCACGGCGACAAGACCGUCGUGGGCGAGCGCGGCGUCAGCCUCAGCGGAGGCCAGCGUGCGCGUAUUUCCUUAGCGCGCGCAGUAUACAAGCGCGCCGACAUAUACCUGCUGGACGACCCGCUGUCGGCGGUGGACGCGCACGUGGGACGACAUCUGUUCGAGUCCUGCCUCGUCGGCUACCUGCGACACACCACGCGCGUGCUUGUCACACACCAACUUACGUUUCUCAGAGACGUCGAUCAGAUAAUAAUAUUGAAGAACGGCUCCAUCGCCGCGGCGGGCAGCUUCGAGACGCUGAGCGCGUCGGGGCUGGAUUUCGCGACGCUGCUGGCGCGCGGCGAGGAGGAGGAACGCCCCGCGCCCGAGCCCCCCUCCGCGCUCGACAUCGAGGACUCGCCGCACGGCAGCUUCCGCAAGCGGCAGAUGAGCAUACACUCCGUAAGCUCCGUUGAUAACCUGACAGCGACAGCGCCGCCGGAAAGUGGGCGCGAGGAGGCAGAGAUGCGGUCGGCAGGCGCGGUGUCGGCGAAGGUGUACGGCGCGUACCUGAGCGCGAGCGGGCACGCACUCGUCGUCGCGCUCAUGGUGUUCGUGGCGGUGCUCGCGCAGCUGUUCGGCUCUGGCUCUGAUUGGUGGACCAGCUACUGGGUUAAAAUGGAGGAACUGGAGGGGAACCCCGGCUUACAGCUCGCAGCGACCAACACCACCCUCGAGCGGAUGGCGCUGGUCGACAAUGUCCUGUUUGGGGACGGGCCGCUCAGUCGAUACAACUGUAUCUAUAUCUACACUGGUAUGGUGGUCGCGCUGGUGGUGAUAUCGCUGCUCCGCUCGUUCAUGUUCUUCUCGAUGGCGAUGCGCGCGUCGACGCGGCUGCACAACAAGAUGUUCUCGGCCAUCACGCGCGCGCCCAUGCGCUUCUUCCACGUGAACCCCUCGGGCAGGAUCCUCAACCGGUUCUCUAAGGACAUGGGCGCCGUCGACGAGGUGCUGCCCGCUGCGCUGCUCGACGUUCUUCAGAUUGGUCUGUCCCUGAUCGGUAUCGUGGUGGUGGUAGCCGUGGUGAACUACUGGCUGCUGCUGCCGACGCUGGUGAUCGGGCUCGUAUUCUACGGGCUGCGCAUCGUCUACAUCGCCUCCUCGCGCAGCAUCAAGCGCCUCGAGGGUGUGACUCGAAGCCCGGUGUUCUCGCACCUCAACGCGUCGCUGCAGGGCAUCACCACCAUACGCGCGUUCGGCGCGCAAGAAGCGCUCGUGCGCGAGUUCGACAACCACCAGGACCUGCACAGUUCCGCCUGGUACUUAUUCAUCGCAACAUCCCGUGCGUUCGGAUUCUGGCUGGACCUUGUGUGUGUCGUAUACAUCGCCAUCGUUACUCUCAGCUUCCUCGUACUUAAUUCAGUUGGCCAGUUCAGCGGUGGUGAUGUAGGCCUCGCUAUAACGCAAGCUAUAAGCUUGACUGGUAUGUUCCAAUGGGGUAUGAGGCAAUCUACGGAAUUGGAAAAUCAAAUGACCAGUGUGGAAAGAGUGGACGAGUACUCAAAGAUUGAAUCGGAGCCGCCGCUGGUGUCGGAGGGCAGCCGCAAGCCGCCGCCGUCGUGGCCCGAGGAGGGGCGCGUGGAGUUCCGGCACAUGUUCCUGUACUACACGCCCGGCGAGCCGCCCGUGUUGCGCGACCUCACCCUCACCAUCCAGCCGCGCGAGAAGGUCGGCAUCGUUGGCCGCACCGGCGCCGGCAAGUCAUCGCUCAUCAACGCUCUCUUCAGGCUGGCGACGAUAGAAGGCGAGAUCAUAAUCGACGGGCGCGAGACGUCCGGGCUGGGCCUGCACGAGCUGCGGAGCCGCAUCUCCAUCAUCCCGCAGGAGCCGGUGCUGUUCUCCGGCACCAUGCGCCACAACCUCGACCCCUUCGACGAGUACCCCGACCACGUGCUGUGGCGCGCUCUAGAGGAGGUGGAGAUGAAAGAGGCGGUGAUGGAGCUGGCGGCGGGGCUCAGCUCGCACAUGUCGGAGGGCGGCGGCAACUUCUCCGUGGGGCAGCGGCAGCUGGUGUGCCUGGCGCGCGCCGUCGUGCGCCGCAACCGGCUGCUAGUGCUCGACGAGGCCACCGCCAACGUCGACCCGCAGACGGAUGCGCUCAUCCAAACUACGAUAAGAAACAAAUUCGCCGAUUGCACUGUACUUACCAUUGCCCAUCGGUUACAUACAGUUAUGGACUCUGAUAAGGUUUUGGUGAUGGACGCGGGUCAGAUGGUGGAGUUCGACCAUCCGCACGUGCUACUGGGGCGGCCGGGCGGCGUGCUGCGCGGCAUGGUCGACCAGACGGGGCGCGCCAUGGCCGACACGCUGGCCAGGAUCGCUGAACAGUCUUAUAGUAAAAAGCAACGACCUCCGAGUGGCGCCGAGUGAUCUAGACAAAUAUAUUAGAUUAUUGAAAUCAAUGUACACAAACGUUCCUAUGUUUGAAUUAGUAAAGUUAAUGUAGGUACUUAACAAGGAUCUGAUCUAGCAUCAAGUAUAUUGCGGUAAUGCACGCAACCUUGUGUAAGUAGCCAAGAUACUUAAUCUUAAAUUAUCACAGAUCCUCAACUACGUCCAUAAUGUAUGAAGCCAGUUAUUUUUAUAUAUCUCAAGAACUAUGUUUAAGAAUAGUUUAAUUGAUUAGUGUGUAUUUGUUAAUUUUAUAAUCGACAUGAUUCAUCCUAUAUUUAAUACCAAAUAAUUAAGUAGGUGUCAAUUCUGUGUUAUAUGUGACGUCCCACGGGCAAAGGUACCUUAUGGCGGGUAUGGAGUUAUGCAUACCCCAGUAAUCUACAAUAAAUAAGCUAUCGAUAACACAAAAGAUCAACCUUCUAAGUUGCGUAGUUACAGAGAUAUGAUUUUUUGAAAAUAAUGUUGUGAAAUGAGCAACUUUACGAUAGAGAAGUUUUAAGUUUAGCCGCCUAAAAAACUAUGUUCCUGAAGUAAGUUACAUAGUUGACUACAAAUAAUAAUACCUUAUAUAUCUGAGAUUAAAAAAAUGUUGCGACUUGUUCUGUAAUGCAAAUAGAAACCUUUGAUAUCGACUGAUUUGUGUGUAUACUAACCAAUCUCUUGAAAAUAAAGUUUUAUUUCAUUUUCACGAUUGAUUGCAAUGAGCUCUCAAGAUUUCAAUUGUAUCUAUUAGAAAACGACACUGAGAGACAGUUUAAGCAAAAAACAAUACCGAUUUAGAGGUGAAAAUGUAUUUUCUGAGUUUUUCAUAUAAAAUCAGAAAAUUGAAUAUUUUUACUUUUAAUGUAACACACAAUCAAUUAUUCUGAGCACAUAUGAAAUAAAUUCUGUCAUUCAAAUUAAAUAAAUCCUAAAACCCCAACUAAAUACUAUAUUUAACCCCUUAUGCCACUUUAAACUUACAUAACAAUUACAGUAUUUGCUCCAUACAUUUACGAAAAGGUACCUUAUGGAAAUAAAUCUAAUAAUACAUCACUACAAAACAUCAAUCACAUUGAAGUUUAUCUUUUAUGAAUAGAAAAUAUUAAUUUACAUUAAACUGCCACAAAUUUAAUUAGUUCUUCGUCAUAAUAAUCUUAAAAAAGAACAAUAAUUUGUAUGUAAUGAAAAGGUACCUUGUGGUUAAGUUACAUGAUGAGGCAUGAUGAUGAUGGAACAGUUAGGAUAAACUAAUAAUAUUUUGGGGUAAAGAUGGUAUAAAUCGUCUAUUUCUUAUCAAUAAUAUAUUUUGGUUGCCAUUGAAGACAAGCGGCAUUGAGGAUCAAUGACCUCAGAUAUUCCAUAAGGUAAUGCGUCGGGUAUUGGCAUUUUUCAGCAAACCAAUGGCUGAUUUAUUGCAUGCGACCAAACUAAAUGAAGAUAUAUACUAGUUAAGAAAGACUUGACGAGAGUAACUUUGGUAUAAUAGCAGGCUACUUGGAUUUGUAAUGUCGGUCGAUGUACGGUUAUAAUAUUUGCUAGGCGCCCCAACCAGAACUGAAAUUAUCAAAUUAGUUUUGCAGAAUGCUAAUACAGUUCUCUACCAAACUUCUUUUCCCGUAUUGACUAGUUUUUUUGGGAAUUUUCAAUAUUUUUUCCAUAAGGUACCUUUUCGACUAAACUCUGAGACGACAUUACUAGGCUUAUAACUAACUUAUAACAAAAAUAAAAACAGGUAAACAAACGUUACGCAUUAAGGUUUCAGAUCACACAAUAAAAAAAAAUUGAGCAUUUUUUCACCUCUUUACAAAACAUUUCAUAUCUCCGAAACUAGAAACCCUCAUAAGGUACCUUUUCCCGUGGAACGUGACAUAUAUUGUUUAAACAGGUUUACCAUAUGAAUAAGUACUAGUGCGGUAGACCCGCGCGCUGGAAGAGAUUUAACAAAUACUAAGCAGAGUUUUGUACAUAGUAAAUUUAUUUUAUCGAAUUAUUUUACUACCUCAUUCAUUACAUUUUUGUUUUCAAUAUCAAUACUUAAUCAAUCAGUUCUUCAACCAAAUUAUCUCGUAUGUAUUUAUUUUCAUGGUAAAACUGUACAAGUGAAUGAAUUUACUAUAUUAAACGAAAUCGAAUAUUGAAAGAUCUGUCGGGAAGGAGAGCAGGGAAUUAUUAUAUUACUUAUAACAUUAGGGUGUGUAUGACAUUUAGAAUUAUGAGCUAACUUACGGAACUUUAUGUAGUGUUUAUAGUUGAGGUGCUAUUAUACUUUCUAUGUACUUAAUGUAUAAGUAAAUUUGUAUUGUGAUGUUGGUAGGAAUGGUGACGCGACGGAUGAUACGGUUGCCGUUUCACGCCUAAUUGCUCACAAGUGUACUUGAUAACGAUUUCUAAAUAGAACAUACGAAGUAUGUCAUAUGAAAUAUUUAGUGUAACAAAUGCGAUAAAUGGUGCCCAUUUUUGAUCUUUAUAUUUUUACACUAAUGCAAAAGUCAGUGAUAAUAUAAAAGGAAUAUUAUUUUUCCUGGUUCUUAAAUGAUAAUGAAAUUAUGUGAAAUUCUGUGCCUGUUAUAAUUAUUAUAUUAUACAGGGUCAUUUUUGGACCCUUAGCCAUAUUGGGCGAGGUGAUUAGGUAGGCCAUAUACAGAACAACUUUUUCUAUGGGGCUAACUCCGAAAUCACAAAAUUUUUUUGGCCGUUUCAUACAUUUUGGUCCAGUGGAUGUAGACGUUUUCUAUGGGAAGGCCAAAUUUCGGGGUUGUUCAGUAUGACCUACCUAAUCACCUCGCACAAUAUGGCUAACGGUCCAAAAAUGACCCUGUAUAAUAGCUAUUAUAAUAUAUGUGAAUUAAAUACAGUUCUUAUGUACCAAUA